AUGGCUUUUCGUAAUCUAGGUGUCAAGUACCUGGAGGACAUUGUAAGAAUGAUGCGCGUCAGUCGCCGCGGAAGCCCUACCUUCGAAGCGGCUCUACAGUCCGCGAAGGACGUCAUCGCAGGCGUGAUCCGUGGUCUCACUCGCUCAGGCGAGGAAGACUCGGAGGAGGAGGAACUACAGCCCCAGGAGGACCUUACCCUGCCACCGAAGUUCAGCUUCCAGAUCAAUGCUGGUCAGAAAAAUGACAAAAAGCCCAUUUCGCGGGCGGGCUCGCUGCGAGAACAAAGACGGGCGCGGCUGGCAAAGAUGCAAGAGCAACAGAAGAAGCUCCAGCGCAUGCAACAGCAACGCCUCCUAAAAGAACAACAGCAACAGAUGCAGGGAGAAAAUACACCGUCACCGGGAGAUGGCAGGAGUCAGCCAGACGGCCAGGCCUCCAUCAACUCUGAUUGGAUAAAGUCGGGUCAGGAGGCACCAAAUACUGCCACGCCACAGGACGGCAGUUCCUCGGAAGGGAACAUCUACCUUCGAGUUCCAGAACCUGGCUUUAUGGCGGUACAGAACGAUAAGUUUGACGAGGAUGAGGAUGACGAAAUCUCUGAAGGCUCCUCCUACGUCGACCUCCCAAAUAUGGCUGAGGUCAAGAAUGAGUACGAGAUUCCAGCCUUCCCCCUGAUCAAAUUACUGGCGAAUCCUACACUGCUCUCAAAUCACUUUGACUACUAUGCGUCUACUGAGUCUCCUGCCCCACACGUGAACAGCAAACUCCAACAUCAGCAGAACCACCAUGCGCCACCUACUGAACCAUCCACUCACCUCGAAGAACCAGGAAUGCAACGCGGCGGUGUGGAUCAGACCGCGGCCCCUCUGUUGGAGGCGGUCACGGCGUUAGAGCCAGCUGGUGAAGGUUUCGUUUUCUCCUUUCGAGUUCCGCAGUGGUCCAUUCCUCUGUUUCCCCUGAACAAACCUGAGGACACCAAAAAACAGGACCAGCAAGAACAGCAGCAGCAGCAACAGACUCAUCCACCUGCGGAUCCGCCCGGAGCAACGGAACAAGUUUCCCGUUUCCCCUUCUCCGCCUUCACUAACCUUCUGCCAGGCAAAGGCGCCUACUUCUGCGACACCAGAGCCCGUGGGUGGCAUGCGAUGAACAACGAAUUCGCGCCACGCCAGCCCCUGUUCCUAACCCCGUUACCGGCCAGCUUUGCUCGAAAAGACCAGUGGAACAGCAUAGAGGGUGAAGUCGACCUAGCCUAUAUGCAGCGUUUAGUUUUAUUACUUUAA